UCCAAAUAAAACAACGUGCAAUUUCAGAACCGCGUGUAAAAAACAUCUGAGUGAGAGCACCUGUGUUUUUGUGAGGGUGUCGUAGUGUGCGAAGAAGUAUUCAGACACCAAAAAAAAAGAUCUCUAUUAUGGACGCUGGAGGCGAGUUGCUUCUGAAUAUCUGCUCAGAUGACACGGCUGAGCCGAUCGACAUUGAUGCGCUUCUUCGUGGAGAGGAACUAUCCAAAAAGGGCAAAGACAAGAGUACCGCUAUUGAAUGCGAUGACUCCUCCGAGGAUUCAUCCCAGGAAACGGAUCGUAUAUUUCCCAAAGCAGUAAUGAUUGAAAGUGACCAAGAUGAUACAAAUGGUGGAAACGAUAAUGAAAGGAAAUUGCAAAGUGCCCACCAGCAAAGUCCUUUGCGCAAUGAGGGGAUCGUACCAUUACCGCCAAAUAAAACAGCUGCAGAUGGUUUACCGCUUGGCGAAGCUAGCGUGCCACAAUUAAAAACAAAGCUAAAACUCGAAGGGAUUCUUUAUGAGCGAGGUAAGUCUAAGCCUGACUCUCAAUUCAAGGACAAACAACGGACUACAAGAAAAGAUCCGUUCGAUGUCGAGAUCGAAUUACCCGCUCCUGCUUCCGGAGACGAAGAACAGCCACGAGUGGAUCUGCGAUUAUUUUCUGAUGACGACUUUUCCAAGUUAAAUAUCCAUCCGCAUCUCGUCAAUUGCAUACGAGACCGGCUGAAAAUCACCGUAGCAACUGUUGUCCAACAGAAGAGCAUACCACACUUGCUUGCUCGUAAGGAUCUCUUGAUUAAAUCGCCGACGGGAUCGGGAAAAACAUUGGCUUACGCAGUACCCAUAUUCCAUUUACUAAUGUUGGAGCAGCCGAAAAUUAAGCGGGAAACCGGUACCCGCGUCGUGAUCAUAACCCCGACUCGAGAGCUAGCAUUGCAGACGUACCAGUGUCUAGAGACUAUAUCCAAUGCGUGCAAAUGGAUUGUCCCGGGAGUUUUGAUGGGUGGUGAAAAGAAAAAGUCAGAAAAAGCUAGACUUCGAAAAGGCAUGGUGAUCAUGAUCGGUACACCGGGUCGGCUUAUCGAUCAUCUUCACCACACAAGUGUGUUCGGGUUCAAGACCGCCGACUGGCUCGUGAUUGAUGAAGCUGAUCGCAUGCUCGAGAUGGGUUUCGAGCAAAAUAUUUCGCAAAUUAUUCAGGCAUGGAAACGCGAACGGGAAGGAUACCAAUCGAAUGCUGUUUUACUCUCGGCCACGUUGACGCCAGGCGUAGAAAAGCUGGCGGGCCUGUCGCUUAGCAACCCGUUACUCAUAGACGCGUCGAGUGAGUGCCAAAAUGCCCUUGACAACUUUGUCCUACCGGAAAGCUUAGAGCAGACGUUUAUGAUCUGUCCGACAAAACUCUACCUGGUUGCCUUGUCUAGCAUGGUUAUUCGGGGUGCAAUACAAAAAGAUAAAAUUAUUGUCUUUUUGCCAACACAAGGUGUAGUUGACUUCUAUCUGAAUCUCUUUUCUGGAGUCAUGUCUGAGGCAUUCCUAGAGGCUGGAUACAAGGUGAAUUUCUACCGGUUACACGGAACGAUGUCCCAGUCCGACAGAAUCGAAGUAUUCAACCAGUUCCGAGGCCGAGAAUCAGGUGUGUUGUUCACGACCGAUGUGGUCAGUCGUGGUCUCGAUUUGCCCAGGGUCGAUCUUAUCGUGCAGCUUUCAUUGCCACUAAGUCUACAGGACUACGUGCACCGAGUAGGCCGAACAGCUCGAAUCGGCAUGAAAGGCUGUGCUAUUAUAAUGUUGAUGCCUUGUCAGGCCAAGUAUUUGAAUCUUCUUGCAAAAAAGCACAUACGGCCCCGACAGAUGCCGAUGCGCGGUGUUAUCAAUUACGUAAAAACGCUUCGGGACUAUUUGUCGCGGAAGAAUCCAUCUUUCGGACUGAAGACGGCCGAAGAUUAUUGCGCAGCGUUACAUUUGACGUUUGAAGCAGAAGUCAAAAGAGAGCCUGAACUCCUCAAGUUAGCUCGAAACGCUUUUACUACGUAUAUCCGAUCAGCAGCAAGUUAUCCAUUGGAUCUGAGAGAAGUUGCACCGUUUAAGGAACUUCAUCUUGGUCAUGUUGCUAAAAUGUUCUGUCUAAGUGAUCCACCAAGAGCGCUUGGUGCAAAGGCGCCUAGACAUAUUCACAAUGAAAAUAAGACAAGAUUCGCUAAUGCCAAGGCCGCUCGAUCGAUAGCGACAAAACGCAAGAGGAUUUCGGAAUAUGACAGCGGGCUUGAGCCUAGCAAACGGCAGAGAAAGGCUCAGAUUAAAAAAAAUAUUAAACAGAGAUCAAUUUAAUUUAUUAGCCAUUUGCAAAUGAAACGUGUGAUAUAGCAAAGCCUGUAAUACAUUGAAUACAUUGUUGCUAGCAACUGCUGUCUCCUCUGUAUAUUUGUACAAUAAAUUAAUGUUAUUAGCCACGAUUACUUUUUAAUAAGUGGGCGGAGAUUAAUUUGAAACUGACCUUAAGGCAAAGCAAACCCAGCUAUUCAGAAAUCAAAGAUAAAUAAAAUAUGUUCGCACAUUGUCUUUA